AUGGCAGAGGCUGCAAAGACUGUUUUGGACUUUGAUGUUAAAAUGACCAAAUUCGGUGCCUCUCAGAAUGGUUGGCUUCAGUGUACCCAUUUGAACGUUGCCGCAGAGAGGAAUGGUGCAACUUGUACGCCAAGGUCUAACCCAGAAUGUGGCGGAGUUAUUGAUGGAAGAACUGAUACUGGAAGUACCGAGCGAUUCAUUAAGAUCACAUUUGCUCGUGAUUUUCUCGUUAACAAGUUGGUGAUACAACUGGGCAGCCCGAAUCCACAGAUCAGUGAUAUAUGUUUGAACUUCUCAGAUUCCUCAUUAGAAUCAAUAACCUUAACACCCAACGCAGUUAAGGAAGAGAUUACCUUUACACCGCGUGUUGUAAAAUGGGUUCAGAUAUUCUCUACUACAGCUGGUGGAUUCAGAGAAAUAGAGGUGUACCACGAUCACUGCAUUAGAGAUAGACAAUGUGACCUCAUCAACCUUCUCCCUUCUAAUGACAGCGGUCCCAUCGCCCUUGUUGACGACACUGUUAUGUUCAGCAUCCAAAUGGACAUACCAGAACCUGUAAAUGUUCGCUUCACCACCAAAUCCCACUCAGACGAUGGAUACAUUUUCAAGAUUAGUACUAUCUAUGUUAAAUUAUUUCGUGUAGUUUCUGAUGCAGAGACAUUAUUACAGCAGAGGAACUUUAGCGAUGUCAUGGGUGUAGGCUGGCGCACACUCUGGGUAAAUUACCGCUGCACGAGUGUCAUUCUUGGCUCAGGAAAUGAUGUAAUUUUGAAAUUCGACGACAUGGUCAAUCACCAAAUCAUUCAUUUCAUCAAGUUUGAAAAGCCACUGAAUAGAAAGACCAUUCUGCUGUGUAAUAGAAGAGACAAGUGUCAUAAUGAUGCUAGUUACUACUGGCCAUUAGACAAAGCAAUCGGCGAAGUCUUACACGACGUACAAGGUAGAAGUGAUGGUAAAGUAAAAACAACUCUGAUAAAAAGCGAUGUUUGGGUCAGCGGUCCAAGAUGGCACUCUGUGAGUUCAGCUGCAUUAAAUCUAUUUAAAUCUGGACCCAUUGCCUUGAUACAGAACCUUUCAUCAACGUGCCUUGGUGAUAUUCAACAGUGCUAUGACGGUCUCACUGUAGCAUUUUGGUUCCAACUAACUGAGAAUAUUGCUGACUCUCAGUGGCUGUUAUACUCCGCUAAAGACUUUACAGACAUUUCCAUAACAGUACAGUCGAAUAACAUAACGGGUGCCUUUUUCAUCUCUGGAAACACGUGGUCGGCCACUUUUGACGUCACACUCCAUCAGUGGCAUCACGUGGCUUUCACGUGGGCAAAGAGCAAUGGCUUCAUAGCUAUUGUGAACUUUGUACAUGUGAAACAGGGUGGUGUAGAUUCUUCUUUGACAUCUAGUAGUGGUGACAAUCCUUUAACCAUUGGUCGAGGACUAACGAAAUCUUCCCUUUAUAUGAGCCACGUUGUUGUAUACGAAAGGUUUCUCAGUUCGUCGCAGAUUCAAAGGAUCGGAAAAUGCACUAAUCUUGUCUCAGACACAGAUCCUGAGUCGUAUGGUGUCAUUACAGGAAUUGUCCCUGAUGACCAGUUCAUUGCUUCAUCCAGCCUCAACCAACAAUCAGGUCCUCACCAAGGAAGGGCUCGUGUCAGCCAACCAGGCUUGUUCUCGGGAUCAUGGAUCCCAAAUGUUCAGUCAAAGUCUCAAUAUCUUCAAGUCGAUCUUCUUCAAGUCAGGAACAUCAGUGCUAUCAUGACUCAAGGAAGGAACGAGUGGGAGUGUAACUGUGGCGAGUGGGUGACAUUGUACACACUCUCUUACAGUCUCUGUGGCAGCAUUUGGUCGGACUACAUAGCCAAUGGCAGCAUUAAGUAUUUUGUCGGAAAUCACGAUGGGGAAACUAUAGUGUCCAACUUCCUGUGUCCUGACCUAACGGCCCGAGUGUUACGUUUCCAUCCUUUCUCUUGGCAUAAUGCCAUCGCCAUGAGGAUUGACGUAGUAGCCAGUAAGAAUGCCGUAAAUUACUUGGGUUGCUUUUCCUCGCCAAGUGACAUGGUCUUAUCAAACGACACCGUCGUAUCCAAACUGACUCCAGAGCGUUGUGUCACUGCGUGUGGUAAGGCAGGUAAACGAUACGCAGGUAUCACACAGGGAACUCAGUGUCACUGCUCUAACGAUUCGCCUGAUGUCGAUAAGGUGACAGACGAUGCUGCAUGUUAUUACCCAUGUGAAGGAGACAAAGCACUCAAAUGUGGGAGCAACUUAUACUUCAGCGUUUACUACGCCCCUGGACAAUAUGAUUUCCCUUUAGCUUUGUCUGUUACAAGCGCCUCUGAGGCUUUUGAGAGAGUGAAGAUUACGGUGACACCAAAUUAUGGUUCUCUAGUGAUGCUAAACUUUGGCGAUGGAACAGUGAUAUAUACCAAGAAUUCAAGUAUCGAAUAUGUAUACACCACUCUGGGAUUACACGAGGUUUAUGCAGAAACAACGAUUGGUUAUUACGGGCAGUGUCAAAAAAUCUACGACGUGAAAACCAUUAAUGUAUCCCUUCCGGUCACUGGAGUAAAGGUACAGUGUCCAAGCGUAGUGGAGGCGUGGUCGAGUUUUGAGUGCAGUCUGAAAGUUGGAACUGGAUCAAAUAUGGACAUGCAAUUUACAACUCCGCUCGGCGAGGUCGUCAAUGGUUCAAUGGAAGACUCGACUCCACAAAUGGUCGGAUAUAAAACACCACUCCCAUCAAGUGAACCCAAAUUCAAUUUAUCUGAUGCCAACAAAACCAUCAUUUUACCAAAUUAUUACUUUGGUAAAACUGGAAGACUGGUGGCAAUGAAAUCCAAUACCACUCGUGCUGGAUACAUCGAGUUGCAGGUUCUCCGUCCUCUUUGCAUUCUACCCGCGGAGAACAAAUAUUGUUUUCAAAAUGGGAGCUGUACAACCAAACUUCCUGAGUGCUCUCUUAGUAACCUUGGCUACCAAUGUUCAUCAGCAGCCAACGUUUUCUGUGGUCAAAGUAUCGAUUGUCAGAUGGGUCUGCUUACCUGCCCAGCAAACCAAACCUCGAAUUCAACCUUAAGUACAUAUUACGAAGUAAUUUAUACUUCGACGCUUUACUUACCUGAAGGGUUUCACAUUACGAUUGUCAACCAACCGGGUUUCAUGGUGCGUACAGCAGAUAUUGUGUCUAUUGGCGCAAUUCAAAACAUCGCUGCAGGGAUAAUCUCGACGGAAUCAGCAGGAAAUGCUUUUAUUUUUUACCAACAUCACUUUUCAGUUGGAGAGGUAGUGUUAGGGAGAAACAACGCAGCCUUUACUGAGAUACAUCACACGUUCCAUCUUGUGGUCGUUUAUCUUCCCCCAUCAGAAAUGGUGGUUUCUUUAGGAAACUAUCCAGUAGGUCAUUGGAAACAACAAGGAUCUGUCGCAUGGAGGAGCAUUGAACUUAACAUCACGGCCUGUGUUAGCAUGAAAAAUAUUACUUGGGAGGUACCUGAUUUCGUUCCAAAGAAUAAAACCUUUAAUAUCGUUGUACCUCCGCAUCCCGGACACAACGUCACGUUUGGCAUUCAAAUUAUGGAGGAAAAUUCGUCAAACGUUCUGUACAAAAAAGAAGAGAAAGAGUUCUUUUAUUCUUGGACGAACGUCUCAAAAUCUCUUCCAUUAAGAAUAGACAGGGAGAGUCAGACCACCUUACUUUUGACAGCUUCCAAUCUCCUUUCAUCAGCGAUGCGCAAGUGUCAAGUCGAAAUUAUGAUUCCCGUAGAAGAGGUUUACCUCUUUAACAUCACUUUAACUUCGCUUGGCAAUGAAACGGAAAUCAGUUGGGUCGUAGAGAGAGGAACAAAUAUUAGUUACCUGGUUUCAUUUGGUGACGGAAAUUACAUUGAAGGUUCGUUUAGAGAGCUAGGAAUUUUAGUCGGCUCGUACCUACACAAAUACUCAAGAGAGGGAAACUUUACUGUGAAUGUGACAGCUUACAAUUUUGUGUCGACUGAAACUGUCACUGGUGUAGCAGUCGUCAUUGCUCCCAUAGUAAAUGUUACCUGUAGAGUUAUCCACGCUGCUCGUGAUAUCGAAGUGAAUGAAACUAUUCAAAUUAAUGCCACGUUUCCUCAAGGAAGUAACUCUAUGGCGCUGGUGGAUUUCGCAGAUAGUUCAACAACCACUGGUGUACCAACUCAGACACUCAUUUGCAGUGACACUUGUCGGCCAAUGUACUCCUUGGUAGUGUCACACAAUUACUCCACAUAUGGUAGUUACACUGCAAACCUGACAUUCAUUAACUCUGUCAAUAAAAGAACCUGCUUACCAAACAUCUUUGUCCAUAAGCCUGUGUAUCCUUUGACAGGCUUUAACAUAACAUGCCCUCUUGCCAACCUGUCCACGCCAACUUUCUGCAUGUUGGAUGUGACGGGCGGAAACGAUUUUUGGUGCGACUGGGACUUUGGCGCCAAUAGCCAAAAAGGUAAAAGCCAUUACUGGAAUCUGACACUACCAGUUGCAAAUAACUACUCGGACGUUGGAAAUUUUACCAUCAGGACUAAUUGUAGCAACCGUUUGUAUAACACAACUGUGAUAGGAAAUGCUAUUGUACAGGAACCAAUCACAGGCUUUGUUGUAACGUGCCCAGAGGCACAAUCCGUUGAUGAAGCUUUAAACUUGGACGUGCAAGUCGCAACUGGAACAGGAAUGAAUUUUGAGAUCAGUUUGAAACAUGUUUAUGCUGAUAACCUCACGUUACGACUGACCAACUUUACUGAUCAUAAGUCACCAACGUUUUCUAUAAGCCCACAGAAAUUUCCAGUUGUUGGAAUUUACCUUUUGACGGUGAAAGUCGCUAAUCUGGUAACACCACAACAGAUUUACACCCGUGAGAUAAAGGUCGAUAAAGUGAUCGCCAACCUUCGUCUGCUUAAUAACGAUACUUUCAUUCCUGUAAACAAAACUAUUAAAUGUGAGAUAUCGAUAGAUGCCGGGACUAACAUAACUUUGGACUGGGACUUUGAAGAUGGACGGAGAUCCGUAUCACUGUUUACCGGAGACUCUUUAAGGUUACUUGGUGACUUUUUGGAACAUUUAUAUACAGACCAUGGAGCUUACCUUCUAAACGUCACAGCCUCAAACCCCGUCAGUAAAGUGACAGUUACCAAAUAUCUUUACGUGCAGUAUAUUGUAAAAGACAUUGAAAUCACAUCAGACAGUCCACAGGAAAUUCCACCGGGCACUGUAACGUUCACGGUGUCUGUAAAACCGGACACUCACCCACCUACAAAUGCUACGAUAGACAUGGACUUUGGUGACAGUACGAACAGGAUGAACAUACCUCUCGGAGAGGCGCAAAGCAUCAACAUCACCAACAACUACAUAACCCCUGGGAUGAUACGAGUAAAUAUGACCAUGAGAAAUGAUGUUAGCUCCGUCAAUCUAACGCAUGUGGUGGACGUUCAGCGGAGUAUUAAAGACCUGCAGAUUUUGGCUUACCACACUGAUGGAGACGCCGGAUAUGGUGCCCCGGGAAGAGGACCAAACAAGGCGGACUUUCCAAUGGAAUACGACGUUCUGCUUGUUGCCAACAUUUCAGACGGAACAGCAGUAACUUACCGAUGGGAUUUUGGAGAUGGAACUUCGGUUGAAACGAAGAAAAUAAAUGUAUUACACCGUUACCUCAGCCCAGAGGGAUUUGCAGUCACUGUAGAGGCAAAGAACUCUAUUAGUGAUGCAAGUGUCAGUCGCACGAUAAGAAUAAUGAAGAGUAUAUUUAAUGUUUCGUUUGAAAACGACAGCCCAACAGUGCAUGAGUUCAACACCACGUUGUUUAUUACGAUCGGACAGCGAGGUACUGAUUCCUGUUUCCUGGUAGACUUGGGUAACAGCACAAGAAUUCUUUACAAAGGAUUCAGUGAUGUGAGUUGUGAUGACCAGCUGAAGAAAACAAACGAUGUUAGAGUUCUACCAUCCCUUAACUUUAAUAUCACUUUUGAGUACUGGCAGAAAAUAAAUUACGCUGUGAAUCUAACAGCUCUCAAUUCCGUGUCUAGAGUUACUAUUCACGGCUGGGUGGUUAUCUUGCACCUUCCUUGUGACUUCCCCGUUGUACGAAUACCCGAUGCUGGACGAUCAUUUGGCACUCGCCGAAAGUAUUUCAGAGCAGAUUACGUAACAAUCAAAUCCCGCUGCACUAUUAACUGUUUGGCAUCAAGAGAGACAUCAUUUCAUUGGGAACUCACACGGAUUUCGUCUGGAGCUGACAAUGGCACCAUUCUUCGGACAGAUAGUUUUGACAAGAAUCAAUCCGUGUUAAUUGUACCGCAGCGAUCAUUGCCGUACGGAACUUUCAUGGUCCGACUCAAUGUGAGUAUGGUUGGGCUGCCUCUUGUUCACAGACACAAGAACGCGUACAUCGAGAUAAUGCCGUCGCCGUUACUCGCAAAAAUCAUAAGUGGAAAUGCCUGGAGUCAGUCGGUGUACAAAAAAAUAGUCCUUGAUGCUUCACAUUCACAUGAUCCUGAUUAUGGAUCAGAAGACAAACGUGGUCUUGAGUACUUUUGGUACUGCAAGACGACAGCUGAAAAUUACGAAUUUCCCUCUGUUCCGAGUAAAAAUUUCACAAAUAGUAAUGGCACUGAUUCGAGUGGAUGCUUUAGAAAUGGAACCAGACUUCUGCCAGUUAGCACAGACAUUCUAGAGAUCCAACCGAAUUUACUAUGGGUAAACACGACGUAUGUAUUUAAAUUCUUCGUAACAAAAGACUCCCGAAUGGCCAUGUUUUUUGUUCGUGUCUCCCUGACAUAUGAAGACCCGCCUACGAUGAGCAUAAGGAAACCUUACGAUGAAUUUCCAGGAAAAGAGAAUCCGUCUGCCAAACUGUCUUUGGAGGGAGUAUGCAAAGGCUGUAACCAACAGGAUAUCAACAGCUUAACGAUUUCAUGGAGUUUGUGGGUCACUGGUGAAGGUUACGGGGAUGGAAAUGCACACAGUGCGAUAGAAAUGGCUAACCAUACAGUAACAGACUGGACUAGAGUAGCAAAUCUCUUGGCUAUGACGAGAGCAGGCAUCGCUUCUGAGUUCCUUAUCUUAAGGGCGAACAGUCUGGAAAGUGGAGUUUCAUAUACUGCCAGAGUCGAAGGCCGAUUUGGUGAAGGUGCCACUGGUUUUGCUGAGUAUGUCUUUGUUACAGCCUCCCCUCCCACCGGUGGGGAGUGUCACGCGAUUAAAGGAGAUGGCAGUGGUCAUGAAGUACUUAUCACUCUGAGUUGUAACGGCUGGACUAGCUCCUCGGGCUCGACUAAGUUAAUGUAUGACUACUUCUACAAAACCUCGCCAGAUGGUGCAGAAUAUUUGUUUCAAUACACAAGGGACGGAACUAUUGGGAACAUUCGGUUGCCACUUGGAUUGAGGGAGUAUAACUACACGCUGUAUCUAAAGGCUAUCAUCUCAGACGAGCUUGGGAGUAAAUCAGAGGACAAGUUUGAGUAUCAGAGUUUUCCAAGUGAAGAAGACGACUCUGUUCUUAUCGAAAAACUGUUGGAAGAGAUGACCAUUAACAGUACAUUGCGAACUCUUGAGAUGGAAAGUUAUUCACAGUUUACUAAUCAAUAUAUUGUGGAGGUGGCAUCGCAGUUAAAUGCCAUGUCAGAACGCGCAGCCAACCUCACAGGAUUUAAAGAAGCAUCACGAAACAUCCGCACACGAAUGAGUCGGGUUUUAUCAGAAAUUACUAUGGAUGACAUAAAGACAGUCCGAGAGACUGCCAAUGCCGUCUCUAAGCUUGCAACUAUACCUGAUGAGUGUGAGGUUGAGGCUCAGUUGAACCUGAACAAGACACUCAGCAAUAUGGUGAGCUUAAUCAUACAACAGUCCGCAAUAACAGAUUCUACUGAACUCUGGGGAACGCUAAACACUGUGUCCGAGGCGUUAGGUAACAUGUUGGGGGUCGUAUCUCAUUUGAUGGAUGGAGAAUACUUUGCUGGAAAUAGGACAAACGCGUCAAUGACACAGGAAAAUUUUGAUGUAUUGGGUAAAAUUCUGAUGGAAAACGUCAUAGAAUACGUCAGACUCCUAUCUGACUCGUAUCUUGGUCACACACUACCAAAAGAGGAACCCAUACAAGUGCGCUCUCCUUCGCUGUAUUUCACCCUUAACCGCGACUUUCCUGCGGGAUUCUCGGGACGUACUCUUCACUGUGGAGUAGGAGGUGUUGAUUUGCCUGACGACUUUGGAGAGCUGGGCAUAUUGAAGGACGGAAACGAGACCGCUCUUAUCGUUAUCGACGCAUUGGUCACCUCAACACCUUUCGUACCUUUUGUUUGGUCCCCAAGUGCUAGUCUUGUCAACAGUCAUGUGCUUUCAAUAGAAAUACGCAACCACAGCACUCAAGAGGAACUGAAAAUCGAAAACCUUACGCAACCAGUGGACUUGUGGAUAAGAAAAGGGAGCGAGUCCCUUAAAACUUCUCAAGGGAAGGUGGAAUACACCAAAAUCCUCAGGCAUAGGUUUGAAGUAAAGAACAACCGAAGCUCUAUUACCAUUGAGGUGCACCUUCUUGGGGAGUUUACGGAGCAACCUUCUCUGGUCGUUUAUCUGCGAAAAGGAGAGGAACCAACAAUGGACGGCCAUGAGAAGGAUAAAAUACGGGUUGUUCCUCAACUCAACUCUAGUGUCAACGCAAGUAAUGAAGGGGCCUGGGAUCCAAAGCUACUGUUCUUUAGCAACACAGAAUUCAACGGGACAGCAGCAGGGGAAUAUUUUGUGAUCGUCGAGUACAACGGAACUGUCAACGGUGCUAGAGUCGCUGAGGAAGAUAGGACGGUGGAAUAUUUGUUUUCUUCAUACACAUCCGAGUGCUUGUACUGGAACGAACUGAAUCAAACUUGGGUUGGAGACGGUUGUGUGGUUGGACCGUUGUCCAAUUCAACACACACACAAUGUCUGUGCACCCAUAUGUCGUCGUUUGCGAGCAGUUUCUUUGUUCCCCCGAACAAGAUUGACUGGAGAAAGGUGAACCUGAAAGAGCUUCUCAAAAAUCCUACCGUCACUAUCAUCGUUUGCUGCAUCUUUCUCCUGUAUUUUCUGCUGGUGGUAUGGGCCCGACAAAAGGACAAGGCAGAUCUGUUGUUGGUUGGUGUCACUCCACUUCCAACUAAUGAUCCAAGGGAUCUAUAUGGUUACGAGGUUAUAGUCUUUACUGGUUUUGACAGUAGCGCGGGAACCACUGCAGAUGUUUCGAUAGUGCUGACUGGCACAUUUGAGCAGACACAGACCCGUCGGUUACUCGACCUGGAGCCAGCGCGAAGAAAAUUUCAACAGGGAAGCGUUGAUAACUUUCUAUUGACAGUCCCGCGACCGCUUGGAGAGAUACUGGGUAUUCGAAUAUGGCAUAACAACACCGGCCCUGAUCCUUCGUGGUUUCUCUCACGGGUGCUUGUGCGCGAUCUUCAGACUGACAAAGUGGUAUGGUUUGUUUGUGAUCGCUGGCUUGCGGUUGAAGAAGACGAUGGUCAGAUCGAUCGAACACUUCUUCCAGCUUCAAAGGAAGAGCUGGUGAGGUUUAGUUUUCUUUUUAGCUCCGAAGUUCGUAAUAAUCUCAGUGAUGGGCAUUUGUGGUACUCAGUGUUGUAUCGUCCUCUUGGAAGCUCAUUCACCUGCGUGCAGCGCCUCUCCUGCUGUCUGUCAAUCCUCACCUGCAGCAUGCUAGCAAACGCCAUGUUUUACAAGGACGGAGCAGAGGAAGAGUCAAAUGCUGAGGUUGAAGUCAAGAUUGGACCUAUUCGACUCUCAAUAAACCAAAUCGGGAUUGGGGUCAUGUCAAGCCUGGUAGUUCUUCCUGUGAACUUACUUAUCGUUAACAUUUUCAGAAAAGCUCGGCCGAAAGAUUUGCCCAUGCUAGGUACAAAACCGAGUAAUCACCAAAGCAAUGCGUGUGAAUACAGUGAUUUCGAUAGUGAAACCUGCAGAAGUUACGACCUAGUUGAGAAGAAGAAAGAAGAUGCCGAAAACAGCGAAACAAAGAAGGAAGAGAAAGGGGAAAAAGGAAAGAAAGUGUUCACUCUUCCUCAUUGUACAAUCUACAUUGCUUAUGGUUUGAUUUUCGUUGCUUCUGUUACCUCUGCCGUCUUCACAAUCUUUUAUUCUCUGACAUUUGGAGAGGCCAAGUCACAGAGAUGGGUGUCAAGUAUGAUGAUAUCUUUUUGGCAAGACGUAAUUAUUUCUCAGCCACUCAAAGUCAUCAUCGUAGCAGUGCUCUUCGCUCUCAUCAUCAAAGAUCCAGACAAGGCCAUUCAAGACGACGGAAAGGAAAGAAGGGAACUUGGGAGGGACGAAGAAUGGAUACAUGACUCCUAUGGCAAUCUGCAGAAUGGCUUCGACUUCCGAAAAUCUACUGAAAUUCCCAAGCCACCAGGCGAGGGACUUCUACAUAUCGCCAGACAGCGUCGCACAAAGCAGAAGCAGAUGAAAAUUAUCCUUCGUGAAAUUUUCCUCUACUUUGCGUUCAUUCUUGUCCUAAGUGUUGUAGCGUAUGGAAGCCGAGAUACUCAAGCGUAUGCCGUGACCAAAGCACUCACCGAUAUCUUCCCCGAAAGCAAGUACACCUCACUGCUUCCGUUUGAUCAGAGCAGUGAAGCAUCGAAAUUAUGGAACUGGAUCGAGAAUUCCUUCGUUCCCUCCUUACACCCCCAGUACUGGUAUGGUCCAUUUAUUAUCAAACAAGAAGAGCAAUUGUGGUCUGAAGAAAGGAUGACAUUCAAAACUGGACGCGGAGGAGGACGUAAAAUCAAGACAAUAGUAAAGGGCGGUGGGUCCUACGCAACUGACUAUGCCGAGUCUUUUGAAUCAUUGAAGAGUUUCCCCAAAACUGUCACCGCCGACCGAGGAAUGUUUUAUAUUGUGGGUGUGGCACGAUUACGUCAGCUGAGGGUGAAAAAAGAUGCCUGUACUAUCCCCUUACAUCUGCUCCACAUCAUCAAAACGUGCACUUCUUACUACUCAUGGGAAGACGAAGAAGAAGGCGCUUUUCAUCCUGGCUGGGAACCAAUGAAGGAAAGUGACGUGGAAAAACUUUCGAAUGAUCAUCAGUCUCCCUGGAUUUGGCAAAGCGCCCUAGCGCUGAAUGGAACACCAUUCUGGGGAAUUUUUGCAUCUUACUGGGGAGGUGGUUUUGUGUACAAUCUCGCUCCCACGCGCUUGACCGCGCUGAAGAAUAUACGAGAUUUGCACAUUGAUGAGUGGAUUGAUCGGUACACGCGCGCCGUCUUCGCUGAAUUCACGGUUUACAACGCGCACACUAAUUUCUUCGGUGUAGUAACUAUGCUAACCGAAAUUCUCCCCACUGGGGGAUAUUACCAUUACCCGAAAGUCCGUAGCAUCCGGCUUUACCGCUAUACUGGUCCAGAACAAAUGGUUAUCAUGGUUUUCGAGUUUAUCUUCUUCGUAUCCCUAUGCAUUUACAGUUACAACGAAGCCAAGCAGCUGUUUGUACUUGGAAAGAGUUACUUUAAAGACCCUUGGAACUAUGUUGAGAUAAUAGUCAUCGCCUCUUCAUUCUCCGCCAUUUUUCUGUACCUUGCAGAGUUGGGGUUUGCUAAACUGGCCGUGAAGCGAAUGCGAGCAAACCCUGAUACUUUCAUCAGCUUUGACUACAUUAUAUUCCUGGAUGAAGCUUACUUAGGAACAUUAGGCAUGGCAGUUUUCUGUUUCUUUCUCAAGUUUCUCAAACUUCUCCGAUUCAAUCGGCGACUAUCCACGUUGGCUCAGACGAUCAAGGUCAGCAGCAAACCAUUGCUAUCCUUCUUUGUUAUUUUUUUCCUUUUCUUUGUAGCUUACGUUCAGGUGGCGUUCCUUGUGUUUGGUCCAACAAAUGAGGAUUACGCUACGUUCGUUGUAGCAUCAGAGACUAUGCUGUCCAUGACCCUGGGAGGGUUCGAUUUCCUAGGGUUGCAGAACUCAAACCGACUCAUCGGACCCAUCUUUUUCAUCUCUUACAUGCUCUUCAUGUUUCUGAUCCUUGUCAAUGUUUUUUUGUCCAUUGUAAACGACGCCUUCGCUGAAGUGAGUAGUAACGUUGGAAACCAAACGAACGAUUACGAGGUACUUGAUUACAUCAUGUACUGCCUUAAAGAGCAGAUUGGCAGGCUGGCGAGUCCACCAUUCAAGCCGUUGUAUAAACCUACAUUGACAAAUUUUGAAAAGGCAGUGGCAGACGUUGAAGACUUCGCCGAGAGUAUCAUGUAUACGUUGGACAAUAUUAGCAUCGAGGAACAGCGACAGGCCAACUGGCUCGAGGUCGAAAAAAUAAGUGACAAGAAGAAAACGCUGUUCCGCUUUUUGCUGCACAUGGACGAAGACUUUGAUGAAGACGACAUUGCCGAUGCAAUCCCGCACAUGGCCAGAUUUAUGUCAAAAUACAGCCUGGAACAGCUACAGGAAAUCUAUCAGAGGAACCGUGAACAAGUCGUGUUAUCAAAAUUCCACCUGAGUUCCACUUCUUCUUUGGAAGACAGCUCUUACGAAGGACAAUAUGAAGACAUAGAUGGCUUUGACGAACAUGUCUUACGAAGCUGGAAAAGUUGUGGAGAACUUAGCCAAGCUGAUGUCGGGGUGCCGAACAGGUUUCGAUCUCUCGAAUCGAUAGCCGAGGAGAACGAACCGAUCCACGCCAACCACACUUACGACUCUUUGGCUGGCAGUGACGAACAAGGAAACUGUUCCAGAAGUUCUUUUGAUAUUGACGAUAAAAACCCAGUUGCAAUGAUUAAGUCAUCUUCCUUGAGUGAUAUUUAUAUCGAAAUAACGAGUAACACGCAUUCGUAAAGGCUUUGAGGUCCAAACUGAUGGACCACACUAACGGCCCUCGACAGCACCCCUCCCCUUCCCCGAAAAUAAAAUCAAACAGAAAGAAUGCAUGUUUUGAUCCAAACCAUGUUUGCCCGUCAAUCCUGUCCGGACAUUAUCGGUAUUCUAGCACUAAUCCAAUGUAAAAUAUGACUGAGAAUUAUACAUGAUAUAGUAGCAAAGCCGAUGUUUUGUUUGAUCAGUUUUAGAAGCAACACUUUUAAGCUAUAAAAUUCUUCACAA